CGAUGCUCUGACACUGCUCCCUAUGAAGCCAGUUGGGACUCUGGGGGAGCCUCCUCUCUGUGAGCAGACUGUCUCCAGGGCAAGAAGCUCCCACGGCUUCCACCUUCCUGGGUCUGACCUCGGAGCAUCCAGCCUCCCCUUCCUCACCUGCGCUUCCCACAGCGAUUCCGCGCACCCCAACUCCGCAGUCAGACAUGACUCCCAGCCCGCCGAAUGGCCUACAAGGAGAAUGUGACCCCUGGUAGCGGCACCAGCCUGGCCAAGUAUGGGGUGCUGAGCGGGCCGGGCCCCCAGCGAGUCCCCCGGAAGGAUCCCUACAUGCCCAGCGGCACCCCCUCCGAGUCGCUGCUGGCGCAGAGGGCAAUGGCCAGCACCAAUAAGAUUAUCCUGAAGUCCUCCAGCAUCCAGAAGCCAGCCGUCCCAGGCAGGGUGCCUGCCGAACUCAGCUCCGGUGCCCAGGCGGCUCAACCCACCCCCCAGCGAGUCUUUACCAUCAAUGACUUUGAGAUCGGGCGCCCGCUGGGCAAGGGGAAGUUCGGGAACGUAUACCUGGCCCGGGAGCGGGCAUCCCGGUUCAUCGUGGCGCUCAAGGUGCUCUUCAAGUCGCAGAUGGAGAAGGAGGGCGUGGAGCACCAGCUGCGGCGGGAGAUCGAGAUCCAGUCCCAUCUCCAACACCCCAACAUCCUGCGCCUCUACAACUAUUUCCACGACAAGAAGCGGGUCUACCUGAUCCUGGAGUAUGCGCCCCGCGGCGAGCUCUACAAGGAGCUGCAGAAAUGCCGGCAGUUCGACGAGCAGAAGACUGCCACAUUCAUGGAGGAGCUCGCUGACGCGCUCAUCUACUGCCACGCCAAGAAGGUGAUUCACCGUGACAUCAAGCCAGAAAACCUCCUCAUGGGCCUCAAGGGCGAGCUCAAGAUCGCCGACUUCGGCUGGUCCGUGCAUGCGCCCUCCCUCAGGCGGAGGACCAUGUGUGGCACGCUUGAUUACCUGCCUCCCGAGAUGAUCGAGGGCAAGACGCACGACGAGAAGGUGGAUCUAUGGUGCAUCGGGGUCUUGUGCUAUGAGCUCCUGGUGGGGCACCCGCCCUUUGAGAGCUCCACCCACACGGAGACAUAUCGCCGCAUCACCAAGGUGGAUCUGCAGUUCCCGCCAUUCAUGUCAGAAGGUUCCCGGGACCUGAUCACCAAGCUGCUGUGCCACAACCCCGCGGAGCGGCUGCCGCUGCGGGCCGUGCUGGAGCACCCCUGGGUGAAGGCCAAUUCCCGGCGGGUGCUGCCGCCUGUCUUCAACCCCGCCCCUGCCAACUAGACCUGCCCCGCGGCCUCUUUCAUCCCUCACGGGAGGGGCGGGGGGUGGGAGUCCCCACCCAGCCUCCCUUGGCGAUGUCUCCCCCUCGGACGGUACCGGGAAGGGGGCAAUGGGCCGACACACCCACUCGGGCCUGUAAAUAAAGGUGCGGCUGCCAGUCCCUGACCCUGGAAGGUUUUGUGGCCAUCUUCCCAGCUGUUGGGCUAGCCCCUACCUACACCCAGAGGGGCAGCGGGUCCCUGCCCCCCCUCUCCUUUCCUGCCCAUGUGCCAUGGGGCGGGGGCAUGCCCCGGCCUGGCCUGUUUUAAAUGUCCCCGCAGGAGGCUGCAUGCCCCCUGCCCUCCUUUUAAUAAAAUUUGGAGUUACUUUGCCA